AUGAUCCUGAAAGAGACGACCCGUCUGGAGCUGCCGGCGGCGGCCGACAUGCACGUCCACCUUCGCCAAGGCAAGAUGAUGGAAUUGGUUGUGCCGCAGAUUCGGAAAGGAGGCGUCGAUACAGUCUUUGUUAUGCCCAACCUGGUCCCUCCCAUCACCAGCGUUGCCCAGGCGCUGGAGUACAAGGCCCAGUUGCAGGCCAUUGAGCCGAAGAUGCCUCUACUGACUGUUCCUCACCAAUCCGUUACCCCCGAAACCAUCCGAGAAGCGGCCGCGGCCGGUAUCACCGGCGUCAAGGUGUAUCCUCAGGGCGUCACCACAAACUCCGCCGCCGGUGUGCGGGAUUACGACGAAUUCUUCCCCGUCUUCGCGGAGAUGGAGAAGCACGACAUGGUCCUCAACCUGCACGGCGAGGUUCCCGGCUCGCCCGGCUCGGACAUCAACGACAUGAACGCCGAGGAGAAGUUCCUCCCCACCCUCAAGAUGCUCAAUGACAAGUUCCCCGAUCUGCGCAUCAUCCUGGAGCACUGCAGCACCGAGGCUGCGCUGGAGGCUGUCCGCUCCUGCUCCGCCUCUGUGGCGGCGACCAUCACCGCCCACCACCUCUACCUCACCCACCACAGCUGCGAGAACCCGCUGGCCUUCUGCAAGCCCCUCCCCAAGACCUCCAAGGACCGCGAUGCUCUCAUCCGCGCGGUGUGCAGCGGCGAUCCCAAGUUCUUCUUUGGAAGCGACAGCGCCCCCCACCCGCGUGUCGCCAAGCAAGGCGGCGCCGAGGGAACGGCCAAACCGCCUGCUGGCGUGUUUACUCAGCCCUGUGUUGUGCAGUAUGUUCUCCUGGCGCUGGAGGAGGGCGUCGAACGGGGUGUCAUCGCCGACGAGGAUAUCACCCAGGCGAAGCUGGAGAAUUUCCUCAGUGUGUACGGACGCAAGUUUUACAAGUUGCCCGAGGCGAAAGAGCGAAUCGUGCUCGAGCGGAAGGGGGACGUCAUCCCUGAGAGUGUGAAGAGCGAGGAUGGAAGUGUGGAGGUGGCCUUGUCCAGGGGGGGAGAUGCUGUGUUUAGUCUGACGUGGAAGAGCUCAUAG